AUGGCAGCUACGUCGCAACCUGCGCCGCUCGCGGGCGACAGCUUCCUUGAGAGGCUACCAUCGGAGUUACUUGAGAAGAUACUCUUGGAGGUCGUCGGGGAUAUCAUCCCGCCCGCCGGAUACCGACACAACGAUGCGAAACCAAUCCGCUGUGAACUAGAGGGAGAAUUUGGCGCCUCUUUUGCGUCUCUCCUCUUGGGACAUAGCAUCAGCUGGAGAUCGCUGGCUAAAGUUCUGGGUGAGACUCUCUUCGACAUGUGCUCCGAGGAGAGUAUGGCAAAUCUCGUUGCACUUACACGUUGCGCGAGCUUAGCGCCCUGGAUGAACAAACUCACGAUGUCUUGCUUCAAAGUCAACAAAACGUACCCUUUCAUACAUGACGCUCUGGCCAAUGAUGGAAAUGAUGGUUGUGUUGUCGCAUACCUGAAUGAUGUCCAUCAAAACGAUCUCAGACGACUUCGUGAUGUGGACAAGAUCUGGUACACAACUGCCUGGUCUUUGCCCACAACUACCGAAGACACCUCUGUUCUUGAACUGGGUCCUGUUGGCAUCAAUGCUGAAUUCGAGCGAGGCCUUAAAUAUAUGGUCUCUGCAUGCAUGGUUUCCCUGGUCAAUCUUGACAACAUCUGCUACUAUUACGACGUGGAUCACAUACCAGCAAGGUUCAGAGACUUCGCGCACCAACACAAAUCGAAUGAUCUCUUUAACUUCGCUGUAGUCUCUGGCGUCAUAUCCGAAGCUGGAGCUGAUCUCGGGUUCCGACUACUAAUGGACAUGAUGUUAGUCGCCAAAUUGCAGCCAAAGUGCCUGUGUCUGGCCGUGACUAUCAAAGAACCUCAGUACUUCGUGACUUCUGCAUCUUCGGAUGCCGCCAUGAGCAUCUUUCGCCAGGUCAGAGAAUUGACAUUGAUCGAAGCAGGCAUCGUCUUGAAGUCCUUGUCUCUUGAAGCUCUCACCAUCCAUGAUGAAUACGGAGUUUGGUGGGAGGGCGACACGUACGACGAGCGAGAGUUUCGAGGUGUUCCAAAAGGCUUCCUUGAAAGCGUUGCUAAGAGCGGAAUUUUCGGCCCAGAACUGCUAGACGAAAAGCUAGAAGACGAGCUGGAAGUGGAACUGGAAGAAGGGCUGGAAGAAUGA